UCUCUCAAUACUAUCAACAUUGCCCCCCACCUAAUAAUCCUAUUUCAAAACAUGUUGUAAGUUGUGAGUAAUUCGCUAUUCGCUGUUCCGGCUGUUCGGGUAUUGGCUAUUGGUUUGGAUCACAGUUUUACGUUUUACGUUUUAGUAUCGUCAGAAUAAUAUUUGUGUGUUCUUCAUCGAUCUGAAAUUGAAAUUCAUACCAUCAUUGCAUCAUUCAUCUCGCGUUCAAGUGUACAGUGUAGUUAUUCGUAGUUAAGUAGUGAGUAUAGUGUAUUUUGAAAGUUCGUCGGUGACAAUUUACUUUUCGAAAAUAAUACUCCACAUCUUCAUUAUUUUUAAAAAAUAUCAUGGCAUCCAGUAGCAAAAACGUUGAUGAUUUCGCAAAUCAAAUCGCCGAUUUGGAAACCGCAUUAUCAAAUCUUAAAAUAAGAUUAACGAAAGUUCUAUCGUCGACUGAAUCAACAUCAUCGAGCGAAAUCAAUAUCGAUGCAACAAAACAGUCCGAAACGGCGAAAAAUUUACACUUACAACUCCGAAAACAAAGUUACCUCAUCAGACAAAUGGAAUCGUUAGAAACACAGAAUGAUAUCUGCGCAACAAAGGCCGAAAUACUGUACAAUCACCUUUCUCAACUUUACGACAUGUUUAUCUCAAAUCAAAUCCAGAUUGAAGCUAACGUCGACGACGGCGACUCUCUUCAAAAUCAACAAAAAAUUUCUAAAGAAAUCCAACAAAUAGUGAUCGAUCUUCAAACGAAGCUGAAGAAAAUCAUAAAACCAACGGUAACCGAAUCGACCGGGACUGAAUAUAAACGUUCACGUCUUGCGACCCAAUUGACACGUUCUGCAUCUUUAACAUCUACGUUGCCGCAAUACCAGCCACCACCAUUAGCACAACAACAUCAGUUAGCACAACAACAACGGUUAGCACAACAACAACAACAGUUUGCAGCACAACAACAGCAGCAAGCACAACAACAGCAGCAAGCACAACAACAACAGCAAGUACAGCAACAACAGAUGCGGUGGCAGCAACUACAAGCGCAACAGCUGUCGGCUCAACAGCGAUUACUUCAGUAUCAAAUCGGCAUCUCGAAUUAUUCACCGAGCGUCUCAGGCCAGCAACAGCAACAACAGAAUCCAAAUUCAACACCAUCUUCUUUGAAUUAGUAAUCUAUUGUUACAGCAUUAAAUUUCGGAAACUUGUUAGGUAUAAGAAAGUUGAGCUUUUUAGUGCCUGGAUUCUGAAAUAUUCAUGUUUCGAGUGUUAUGUUGCUAGAUAGUAAGCCUAUUACGUAUGUUAAUCAAACAAAUUAAUAUCAUGCUCAUAUGCUGUAUUUUCCGAAGAUAGCCUAUCGAUAAUUCUACGAUUAAAUGGUUCAACUUGGUAAAUUAAUAA